CCGUUUCCUUCAAUUUGUGAUAAAAACAAACAAAAACAAGAAUAAAAACGAAAGAUUACGAGUUACCGUCGAUUAAAUCAUUAGAAAUUUAAUUGCUUUUGAGAAAUUUUUUUAAUUGUAUUUUGUCAUGGAUUUCGAAAAAAAGGUCGCUAUUGUUACAGGUGGAGCCCAAGGAAUAGGAAAAUCAUAUUGUUCACUUCUAUUAAAAAUGGGAAUGAAAGUUUGUAUCUGUGAUAUCAAGGAAACACCGAAUGAAUUAAUUUCUGACCUGCAAAAGAUUUAUAAAGACGAUGUCAUUUAUCAGAAGUGUGACGUGUCUUCUUUUAGUGAUUUUAAGA